CCAGCGCGCGCCCCUGGCGCGGUCCCGGCGCGGGGCGGCGGCGGCGGCGGAGCGGGGCGGCACCGCAGACCCGAGGAUGAUCGGGGGGGCCCCGCAAGCCCCCCAGCACCCCAGGAGCCUGGUGUGUGCGCAGGGCGCCGGGAGCUGAGCUGGGGGGGCCCUGCGCCGCCGCGUGACCCCCCGCCACCAAGAUGUCCUACUUCACCGAGCACUUCUGGGGCGAGAAGAACCACGGCUUCGAUGUGCUCUACCACAACAUGAAGCACGGGCAGAUCUCCACCAAGGAGCUGGCUGACUUCGUCCGCGAGAGGGCUGCCAUCGAGGAGAACUACGCCAAGGCCAUGGUGAAGCUGUCGAAGAUGGCCACCAACGGGACCCAGCUGGGGACCUUCGCGCCGCUCUGGGAGGUUUUCCGCAUCUCCUCGGACAAGCUGGCCUUGUGCCACCUGGAGCUGAUGAAGAAGCUCCACGACCUCAUCAAGGAGAUCUCGCGCUAUGGCGAAGAGCAAGGCCGGGUGCACAAGAAGUCCAAGGAGGAGGUUUCGGGGACGCUGGAGGCUGUCCAGCUCCUGCACGGGGUGGCUCAGCUGCUCCCCAAGUCCAAGGAGAGCUACCACAGCAAAUGCCAGGAGUACGAGCGGCUGCGCAAGGAGGGCACCAGCCAGAAGGAGAUCGACAAGGCAGAGCUCAAGUCCAAGAAGGCGGGCGAGGCGCUGCGGAGGGCGGUGGACAAAUACAACGCUGCGCGCGCCGACUUCGAGCAGAGGAUGCUGGACUCGGCCAUGCGCUUCCAGGAGGUGGAAGAAGCCCACCUACGCCACAUGAAGGGUCUCAUUGGCUCCUACUCGCACUCCGUGGAGGACACCCACGUCCAGAUCGGGCAGGUGCAUGAAGAAUUCAAGCAAAAUGUGGAGAACAUUGGCACAGAGAUGUUGCUGAGGAGGUUUGCUGAGAGCAAGGGCACGGGGCGAGAGCGACCAGGAGCGUUGGAUUUUGACGAGUACCGGCUGGCGCCAGCGCAGGAAGGACCCAAAAGGAGCCGUAGUAAAGCUUUCCGGAUCCCUGGGUUGAGUCGAAAGGAGAGGGAUCGUGAUGCUGUGGAAUCCCCGGAUGCCGAGGUGGGCUGCCCGGAGGUGGACGAGGACGGAUUCACGGUGCGCCCCGACGUCUCACGCACCGAGGCGGAAAACCACGUCUGCUCCUCCAGUGACUCCGACUAUGACGAGGAUGAACCCCGCAAGUUUUACGUCCACAUUAAACCCGUGCAGCCCCGCGAGGCGAGCGGCAGUGCCGAGGCCACCGUGGAGCAGCUCAAGGCCACCGUGGGGAACCUCAUCCUGCCCCCCAGCUUUGGGGGCACCGUCAAGCGCCAGUUAUCCCGGCACGUGGCAUCCCUGACCCCGGCUACGAGCGAUGUGGAGCCUGAGGGGACGCUGGCGGCCGGUGACAGCGCAGGGAGGGGGUGUCCGGCGGCGCAGGGGAGCAGUGGCCCUGGCAAAGCCCCCGCAGACGCUGUGCCCCCCACUGCUCUCUUCGGACCCCCCCUGGAGUCGGCAUUCGAAGCGGAGGAUUUCCCGGCCCCCCCCCGCGCCUACGUCCUCACCUCUUCUUCCUCCCCCUUCUCCUCUUCCUCCCCGGAGAACGUGGAGGAUUCGGGGUUGGAUUCACCCUCACACCCCGCGCCCGGACCCUCGCCGGACUCGAGACCCUGGACGCCGCAGAGCCCCCUCCCCAAGCGGGGGGGCUCCAUGGACGCCCCACCGCCGCCGCCGCCCGCUGCCUGGGUGCCGCGACCCCGCAGCCCCGCCGGCCGCCUCCCCGAGCCCCCCAGCUUCGCCGUCUUCACCAGCGCCGGUGCCGAGGGGCUCUGGGAGGCCGCGGUGUCGGCACCCCGGGGGCGCAGCCGCUGCGCCAGCGGCCCCCUGCCCUUUGAAGCCCCCCCAGCCCGUGAAGCCCCCUCGCCUGACCCUUUUGGGGAGCCCCCGCCAUGGGGCAGAGCGCGCAGCCCCAGUGGGGACCACCCUCCUCUGCCCCGUCCUUCCUCCAACUCGGCCUCCUCUUCCUCCUCCUCGCCGCCCCCCCCCAGCGGGAGGGAGACCCCCAGCCCCUCGCCGUGGGGCGGCCAAGGCUCCGCCGUGGGGCUGACGGAGGGUGGCACGACGGCAGCUCCCGCGCCACAGCCGGAGCCCGACGCUCCCCCCGCCUGGCCCAGCGCAGCCCCCCGCGAGGUCCCGCUCGUGGCCCCCCCUCGUCGCUCCCGCUCCAAGAGGCCGGUGGCCGGCGCGGCCGCGGGCAGCAACACCGACCUGUCGCGCUCGCUGAGCCCCUCGCCCUCCUGGAGCUGCGGCCCCUCACACUCGGCGCCCGCCAGCCUGAGCGAGAGGGGCUUCUUCGCCGUCUCCCAGCCGGCACUCGGACUCUCGCGAGGUCCCAGCCCCGUGGUGCUGGGCUCGCAGGAUGCGCUCCCUGUGGCCACCGCCUUCACCGAGUACGUCCACGCGUACUUCAAGGGGUGCGAUGCCGACAGCUGCCUGGUGAAGGUGACGGGGGAGCUCACCAUGUCCUUCCCUGCCGGCAUUGUCCGCGUCUUCAGUGGGACCAUGGCCCCCCCAGUGCUCAGCUUCCGCCUGCUCAACACCGGUGCCAUCGAGCAGUUCCUGCCCAACGCUGAGCUGCUCUACAGUGACCCAUCCCAGAGCGACCCCAGCACCAGGGACUUCUGGCUGAACAUGGCAGCGCUGACCGGGCACCUGCAGAAGCAAGCGGAGCAGAGUCCGGCCGCCUCCUACUACAACGUGGCUCUGCUCAAGUACCAGUUCUCGCGAGCGGGCCCCGGCUCGGCACCGCUGCGGCUCUGCGUGCGCUGGGACUGCUCGCCUGCUGCCACGCGGGUCAGCGUCGAGUACGGCUACAACGCCAACGCCCUGGCCCUGCCCGUGCCCCUCGCCAACGUCCACGUCCUCCUGCCCGUGGAGGAGCCCGUCACCAACCUGCGGCUGCAGCCCGCGGCCAGCUGGAACCUGGAGGAGAAGAGGCUGCUUUGGAGGCUGCUGGACCUCCCCGGCGCCCCGGGACAGGGAGGCUGCGGCCGGCUCUCGGCCAGCUGGGAGCCCCUCUGUGGGCCCAGCAAGCCAAGCCCAGUGGCCGCCCAGUUCAGCAGCGAGGGCAGCACGCUGUCGGGCGUCGAGGUGGAGCUGGCGAGCACCGGGUACCGCAUGUCACUGGUCAAGAAACGGUUCGCUACAGGGAUCUACCUGGCGGGGUCCUGAGCCGCCCCCCCGCCGGACCCUCCGAGCUCUCCACGCCUCCCCUUUUGGUUGUGUGAACUGGAAACACUGGUCGGAGGGUGGCUGGGAAGGGGGUGCUGCUAGGUGGGAGCCCCCCCUCCUCCUCCUCUCCCUUCGGUACCCCCCCUCCCCAAUUCGGUGGUUGUCACCAUGUUGUCUCCUGCUGCCCCGCAGUCGGUCCCCUCCGCCCUCCCCUGUGCUGUGAUGGGAUUGGGAGCUGCUCUUUUAUUAAACACUUUUAUUUUCUAAUAACCCCCCUGCUGGCUCCCGCCUGCCUUCUGCCGCGGAACCCUCCAGACUCCUCCUUGGAAACGGGGCUCAGUGCGCAGCUCCCUGGGAGCUCGGCCAGGGGAAACUGAGGCACGGAGCCAGCAGCGCCCUUUCCUCGUGCCCGUGGGUGCUGCUGCCUCACCUGCGGUGGGCGGACAGAUGGACAGAGAGGGGGUCUCAUGGCACUCGGGAGUGGGAGGAUCCCCCCAGGAGAUCCCUGUGCCACAGGGGGGAGGAGUGGGGCGAGGAUGGCCCCGAGCUGGCUCUGUGGUUGAUAGGGUAUGGGGGUGCUGGGGGGUUCCUGGUUCUUUGUGGUGCAGCAGGUUCUGAUCUGGAGCUCCUGGGUGCUGGGAUGGGGCUCCUGCCUUGGGUUUAGGGGUGGCCAAAUCUGCUGGCUCUGCGACAAGGUUCUGGGGGGUUAUUUGGGGGGAUUCCUGGCUCUUCGUGGUGCAGUGGGAUCCAAGCUGGAGCUCCUGGGUGCUGGGAUGGAGCUCCUACCUUGGGUGAAGGGUGGAAUCACCGGCUUUGCAACAAGGUACCGGUAUCUCAGGGGUUCCUGGUUCUUUGUGGUGCAGCGGCUUCUGAUCCAGAGCUCCUAGGUGCUGGGAUGGGGCUCAUCUCCCACCCUGGACACUGCUGGGUGUCACCACACGCUUAUCCUGCUCCAGACCCAUUUCUACCUGGUUUUACCCCAGAUUUGCCCUCCUGUGGCCAGGGGAGACCCAAGGAAGAAUAAAUGAACCUGUGUUGUUAAUGAGGACGUGGGGUCUGGAGCCUUCCUGGGGGGCAGGGAGGACAGGGCUGGCUUGGGGGGGUUCAUGGGCUAAGGUUGC